AUGCUGUCUCCAUCCGGUUUGGUUGUCAACUCCCUUUUUCCGACUCAAGAACCCGAGAUUGUAGAUCGUUCCAACCCCACAUCUGAUCCGCUUCUAUCUGCAACUGUUGCUCCUGGUGCUUCAGAAAAGCAAGUAAAUGCUACGCAAUUGCUUAGACGCGCUCAAUCCUGUCGACGAGCCAGAUCUGCGGGCGACAAGCUAGGCAAUGGCUUUGAUAUGGCUUCAGCGAUAGGCUGCAAAGUGCAAUCAACGUUAGAACCCUCUUUACCAGGUCAGCGACCAUGUGAUCCUCCAUCAGAUUUAUCACAUUUAUCCGGACAGCGCUGUUCUCUGCCUUUAUCUCAGCACCCCUGGUCAAUAACAUCAGUGGUAUCAGCUUCGUCGGCAGUGUCAUUGGGGUCCGCAUCCGUCAAUAAUGUUCUAGAGGUGAACAAAGCAAAAAUAGAGAAUGGGGUCUCUUUCACUCAGGACCUAGUCGAACCCGCCCUAAUUCCUCGUGAAAGUGAGCUUUCAUAUGAUGCUGCUCAAAUUAUGCCUCCAGCUGAAGGGAAAGUAAGAAUUUUAUACCUUUACUAUUGGUCUACGGACUAA